AUUCUUACUCUGGUAUUCGAAGGAGAACAUUGCCGACCUCGAUCUGCAGAAGCUAAGUCAGAUCGAAAACAUGAUUUGGUUCGUUGUUAUGGCUGGCCUGAUCAGCCGCCUUCAAGCAGGAGAAGUUUUGUCAUUCGCUAACUUUGACGGAGAAGACCAGGGCGACCUACUACAUUGCGGUGCUGAAUACAAGCCUGACGGGACAUUUGGCACCGCAGCCUACUUCAACGGCGACACUGGUUACGCCACCAUCCCUAAGCCGGCGAUCACCAAGACCUCAUUCACCAUCACAAUGUUCAUCAAGAUGAAGACAUUUGGAGAGAGGCAGACGCUGAUCGCUGAUUGGAUGAAACCGUGGCAAAUGUUGCUCCAAAUUGAAUCUAAUAAUGAAUUGCGGAUGGUUUUGAGACGUGAUAUCUGCAGCACUGGUUCUCUUGAUGGACAAAACCUUGUCAACCUUCAUGGAGGUAAUGUCAUGGGGAAGCUCAAGAACAGAUGGCAACUAGUUGAAUUCACUUGGGAUCGGGAGGCGAGGACAGGUACUCUCUACCUUAACGGUGAGAAAGUCGCUGAACAGACAGAUACAGCGAACGCCACUGCCGAUGUCCAAGAUAACUAUCACGAGACAUGGGAUGUUGGGCUGAAGCGAGACCAAUGUGAUGGCAUGGUCUUCCAUGGGUGGAUGGCAAGAGUGGUCGUCUCUGAGGGGGUACAGAGAAUGGAGAUAUUCGACAAUAACCCUUCAAAGAGUAUCAACCUUGCUCUGGGAAGACCUGCUUACCAGAUCGAUAGCUAUUCAAGCUAUGAAGCGUCUGGACCGCAGAAAGCCGUGGAUGGUAAUCAUGCCAACAAGUGGAGAGCGAAGAGCUGUGCAGGCACCAGAUAUUCCGAGAUGGACGCCCAAAGAAACCAGCCAGUCAAGCAAACCAACUGGUUGGCAGUGGAACUAGACCGCGCCUACCCGAUUACUCUGGUCAGGCUACAGAACAGGGGCGACUGUUGCGGAGAGAGACUGGCUGAUUUUGAUAUUGUUGUAACCAAUGUACUCCCUACUUCCGGUCAGGAUUUUAAGAAGGGAAGUGACUACAACAAUGGUCAGAUAUGCUAUCAUAAGACAGGGCAGGUUAGCCAAGGCGCGAGGGAGGAAUUCGUGUGCACCACAGUUCUGACUGGGAAGUAUGUCGUGGUGGUUAAGGCUAGGGAGACUCAGCUAACACUAUGUGAGGUUGAGGUAUAUCAAGGGGUCGAUGUGACAUCUGGCAUAGGAUCUUGUUAUAGCCCUCAUAAUGGUGAAUGCAGACUAAGCUGGAGAGAAAACAUUGUAUCGUUAUCAGGGAAGACGGUGGAACAAUGUAAGGCAGAAUGCACCCAUACAUACCUUGAAUGUAAAUCGUUCAAUGUACGCCCUGGCAGUUGUGACCUGAAACGUGCUACCUGUCCCACCGGCACGCUAUUUAGAGUAACUGACACUUCACGGCUCUACUAUUCCAAGAAUAGCUGCACGGACAUUGGUACUGGAGCAACAACAGCAGUGAAACCUCCAGUUAACAGCAAUGGCAACCUAGCGCUUGGCAAAACGGCAUGGCAGUUAGGAACGACAAGUGGAGGAGUUGCGAGUAGGGCAGUUGAUGGGAACACCAAUGGUGUAUUUAAUAGAGGCACGUGUACCCAUACGAGCAGUGAUAUGAGGGCUAAAAAUCAAGGCACCAAGAACUGGUGGGCAGUUGACCUUGAGAAGGAAACCAAGGUUAAACGCGUCAUACUGUACAAUCGCGCGGACUGCUGCGGCGACCGGCUUGCUGAUUUUGACGUUGUAGUGACCAAUGCCAAGCCCUCUGAAGGAAAGAAACUCGAAUACAACGCCGCGACGGACAUCUGCAGUCAUCAAAGUGGCAAAAUAGGGGCAUCCAAGUCGUUUACCUGCAGUGACGGCGGUCUUACCGGCAGAUAUGUGGCGGUCGUAAUCAGCAGAAAACAAAUCCUUACAUUAUGUGAAGCUGAGGUAUUCGACAACUGAAUGAGUCCAACAAUCGACCGAUGGCGGCGAUGGCGCAUGAGAUGAUACGUGACUGAUGCGGACCAUCAGCAGAACGCGGACCUUUAAGGAGAUAUCUAUGAUCGAGAUCAACCGACUUAUAUAGAUAGCCAGAUGGAUUGUAUAAUUUGGUCGAUCUCGGCAUCUGAAUACAUCAUUCGGAACCAUAGAACUAUGAAAUAGCCUAUCACUAAAAUACGUCGUCUUCAAGGAUAUCGUAUAUCUGAUAAUCACAAUGUAACGUAUAGUAAGCGAUUAAACAUAGACAGCUUCA